GUCAAUCAAGUCAUAAAGUUUUUAAUUUCCAUACAAAUCAUACAAUAGUCAAUACAAAUCUAUAAACGCUAGACUUUUUGUAAUCGAAACUGCACCUAUAUAAUUGUGUUUCUAUCGUAAUACUAAAACAUCUGGAAAGUGUGCGUGACUAAAUGAAUCAAAGUAAAAUUAAUUUGAUAAUUUAAUUAUGUGAAUACUUUCUCUUUACAAAUUGUGUUGCGACAUCAACAAUGGAUCGCUUUACACCAAGCAGUAUACUUAUUUCUUUAUCUUCAAAUACCUCAAAUGGGACUGAUGAUGAGGGUUGUAUGCUUCUUAACCCGUCGCAGAAUGUGAUAAUUACUGGUGCGUACAAUGGAAUUCCACAGACCUUGAUACUAAACUUGAUAUCAUGGAGUUGUUUAAUUUUAUUAUUUACUGUGUUACGACGCACUGCAUGGAAUUAUGGACGGAUGGCUUUAGUACAACGUUCUAAAAAUCGCUGGACAAAUUUAUUCUACCGAGGUGGAGAUAAUGACGCAUUAGUAGAGAGACGAAGAAGUGCCGAUGAGUCAUUGAAUAUCGAUGAAGGAUUUUUCACAUGGCUACCUGCUGUGUUUCGACUUACUCGUGAGCAAGUACUUGCCAAAUGUGGACCAGAUGCUGUUCACUAUUUGUCCUUUCAGAGACAUGCAAUAACACUUAUGUUUAUUGUCACAGUGGUCUCGAUUGGAAUUAUUCUUCCGAUCAAUUUUCAAGGGUCAUCACAACUUGAUGCUAGCACUUUUAGUCGAACAACAUUAUCCAAUAUCAAUGGCAGGUCCUAUUGGUUGUGGGUACAUACUUUGAUAAGUAUUAUGUUUCUACCAAUCUCUGUAUUGAUUAUGAGAAGAUGUACAGGGCGAAAACCAGUACCAACAUCUAUGACAGGAACAAUUAUGAUCACAAAUAUAUCAAAAGCUGAUAGAAAUGAAGCCACAAUAAGGGCAUACUUUACACAUAACUUCCCACACAUUCAAAUUGUUGAUUUACGUCUUGCCUAUAAUGUAAAUAAAUUAAAUGAAGUACAGGAGAAAAAAGAAAUGGUGACAGAAGCCCUAAUUUAUACUGACACAUACUUCAGGAAAACUGGGAAGAGAAUUACAGUUAAACCAACAUUAUGUGGGCCAGAGGUGGAUGCUCUAGAAUUUUACACAAAUGAAGAAAAACGACUAAAAGAUGAAGCAAUUAGAUGUAAAGCUAUUGUACUGAAUGAUCCCUUAGGUAUAGCUUUUCUAACUUUGCCCUCGUAUCAAUUAGCCGAACAUGUCAUUAACCACUUCAGCCUGCAUCGUGGAUGGGUUCUUCAACACGCCACUAAUCCUUCAGACAUUAUUUGGGAGAAUUUGAGUGUUCAGCCCGGUGUCUGGUAUGUGAAGGCUAUUAUUGUCAACUUUAUUUUAUUUAUUGUCCUUUUCUUCCUAACAACACCUGCUUUUGUUGUUAAUCUUAUUAAUACAUCAAUCGCAAAACCAGACACUCUAAAUAGAGUCAGCAGUUUAAUCUUCGAGUUUCUUCCCACAUUACUUUUGUGGACCAUGGCAGCUGUUAUGCCGGCGAUUGUGGCCUUCUCGGACAAAUUCCUUUCACAUUGGACUAAAUCACAGCAAAAUUAUUCUAUAAUGACAAAAACUGUAAUGUUUCUUCUACUUAUGACGUUGAUUUUACCUUCAUUAGGACUUGCUAGUGCUGAAGCAUUCAUGGCGUGGGCAUUGCACCAUGAAAAUGAUACGAUGCGCUGGGACUGUGUGUUUCUUCCAGAUAAGGGAGCACUGUUCGUUAAUUACGUAAUAACCUCCGGCUUCAUAGGUACCGCGCUCGAACUCAUACGAUUCCCAGAGUUAUUCCUUUAUGUCUGGUAUUUGUUACAGUCAAAAUCGAAAGCGGAGAAAAGUUAUGUGAAGAAAGCUAUUUUGUAUGAGUUCCCUUUUGGUGUGCACUAUGCUUGGAGUCUGGCCAUUUUCUCUAUAACUAUGGUCUACAGUUUGGCCUGUCCUCUGAUAGCUCCAUUUGGACUUAUCUACUUCUUGUUCAAGCAUAUCGGUGAUAAGCAUAAUUUGUAUUUCGCUUAUGGACCGUGCGAUAUGAGCGGCGUUGGCGGUGGGCGAAUUCACGCUACUGCUGUUAGAUUAAUACGAGUUUCUGUGUUACUUUUGCUAAUAAGUAUGGCGGCAUGGGCUGGCCUGAGAGCAGGUUUUGAGGCCCGAACGAUAAUAUUGAUAAUGGCUUCAAUUGUUGCUUUUGGGACAUUCCUAUUACUAAGUCCAUUUCCUAGCUGCACACCUCCAGCUCCUCUGCAAGAGGAGUCCAGUAUAAGGUUCCCAGAGUACGUGGCUCCGGUACUAACUAAACCGCUGGAUUCUUCGCCCACUUCAACGCCUUCGACACCUGAUUAUGGCGCGUCAUCACCCGUCGUUAAUCUAUCUUACACUCCAGACCCUAUAAACAUAUAGAUUGUUUCGCUUAAUAAAUUAAUGUUUGGCAAAGUCAUAUCACGAGAUAAAAGAAUAUCUUUAGAUAUCGGUCGCGUUUUCGAUAUUGACAAAAGAAUAGUAUUUAUAGCAAUGUAAAUAGGUAUAUAUAACUAAUGCAAUAUUUUUAUAUUAUAAUAUAUUCCUAGUCGUUAGGAUAUUUUGAAGGAAUCUGUAUUAACUUUACUCUUAUAAUUCGUUGCCUUAUUCAUAUAUAUACGAUAUGAAAACACUAAAUGUUUUUUAUAUUUUUCCCCGAUAUAUGUUGUUUUUUUAUUAGUUGAUGUUUUAUUCAAAUUGUAAUAAAAAAAAUCAAUUACUGAUAUAAUAAUUCUUUGAAAAGAUUGUAUUAUUUACAUAUUUUUUAAUUCCAAUAAAUCUUAUGUUAAUUAGAAUCAUUAGAAGCUGUAAGAGUAAAAAUGUUAAAUCCCUUAUUGUAAUUUAAUACUUAAUGGACUUAUUUUUGCUUUGUUAAAAGACUUCCAAGCAAAUUAUUUGUUAUUGUAAUCUACACAUUCUAAUAACAUGAAUUAAACACUAAUAUAUUAAAUAUAAUUGUCAAUUUGUGGCAUAUUUUUAUGUAAAUAAUAAACUUUAAUAUUGUGAUUUUAAUGGCUGUCUAAUUUCGAACACUUCACCUGUCAAUGAUAAUUUUGUUCGAUUGAUGUAAAUUAAUGUAGUAGAAUAUUUUGUUAAAUUUUGCAAAAUAAAUGAUAUUGUUUUUGUUCAACAUUGUGGUUUCAUGUUGUAUACAGUAAACAUGACGUGUUCGCAGAUCCGCUUUAUCAUUUUAAUCAUUCGUACUUAGUAAUUUUAAUGUCUGUCCAUUAAAUGAUAAACAUUAUAAUAAUGACGUAAUAAAUUAAAAAUAAUUGAAAAGCAGUUUGUUAUAUUUUUAUCGGUAGAUUCACAAAAUAUUUUCUAUUUUAAUCCAAAAAAAUAUUUUAAAUGUGCUGAAACCCGCUAAUCUGUCGAGGCUAUACGAUCAUAAAUUUUUAUCUUGUUACUUAAUAAUUUUAAUUUUAUGAAUUUAUGUCGUGAUAUUGGAUUGUCAUAAACUUAUUAAACGAAUUUUUUUUUUUUUUUCAAAAAAUUAUAAUUAUUCAGAAACCAAUGGAAAAAGAAACCAAAUCGCUUUAAAGGAAUACUUUAUAUAACUAUAGCUGCAGAGAAUAACAAAGAAUUUUUAUUUUAGCAUAUAAAUAUUAUACUAGUACAAAGAAUUCGAAAGUAUUGUGCAAUAUUAAACUCGUAAAUAUGUUACGUAAAAUGACUGAAGUCUGAACUGGUUUGCACCACGAAAUUAUUUAUGUAGCUGUUUUUUUAUUUAUUGUAGGUACUAUGUAUUUGUAAGAUAACACUUAUUGUAUCCUUUGUUUAGUUGGAUUGAAACACUGAGUUGUAAUGAAGAAAUGAGUAACAUAGUUCUACUAAAUGAUAUUGAAAUGUUUUUCUCUCAACAAACAGAACCGUUUUAUUUUAUUCGUAAU